UCUCUCCCCUUCUUUAUUCUGAUAGAAUAAAGAAAAGUAAAAGAAGGCAGCAGAAUUACUUCUACUCCACCACUUGCAGAUAAGACUUGUAAGGCGCAUCGUUUUAUUCAUCUUUCAAUUAUCUAAACAAACGGAGAGGCUUAAGGUCAAAAUUUUUGUGGAGUGAUUUUUCCACGAGUAUAUAUAUAAAAAAAUAAUAACAACAAAAUGGUAUCAGGGAAGUCUUAAAAAACUCGACAUAAUCCUUACAGAUGCCGGUGGAUAGAUACCUGUUACUUUCUGCUCUCCCGGAUUACUCUUAAAUAAUUUAGGAAUUCGGAGGCCACGACGUACAUGGAUAAAAGAGUUGGUUUCCUGUGUUUGAUUUCUCUGUAAUCGACGCUGAGUUCGAAGGAUGUAGCUGACUUAGGUGCUCAAUAUUUACAUAUAAAAUUAUUUUUUUUCGAACCUUAAUUUACUUGGUUCGAAUUUGAACAUUUUUAAGUGUUCUGAAACUCCAUCUGAGAACUAUGGGAAGCUGGGAGGAAGACGACAGGGUCAACAUAGGCACGGACGAUGAAAUGAUAAUACGCGGCUUCAGACGGUCUUAUCCAAAAAUUAUUCUAACAUGGAUUGGCGUGAUUCUAUCCUGUGGUCUUUUAUUAGCAGUAUUGUCUUGGAGGCGGCGUAUUUUUAUGAAAUUUACUCAUAAAAGAUGCUCUUUGGCCACUGCUGAAAAAGUUUUACUUAUAGAUUGCUACAAUCAACAAUUUGUGGAGAAAGUAGAAAGACCCACUGAUAGUACCUUAUCUUCAAAGCAAUACACUUACUUUUUCAACAAAAAGAUCAAAUAUAUAUGGGAUCAACAACAGGUCAAGUUCUAUAAAGUAAGUGGUCUCCAGAUAAAAAAUUGUGCCAGUUUUCAUAAACUUGCUGAUGGCUUACACACAACUGAAGCAGUAUUUCGAUUGCAACAUUACGGACGAAAUUCUAUCUUCGUAGAAGUACAACCAGUUCUCAAAUUAGUUUUAAGAGAGAUCAGGAGCCCAUUUUAUAUUUAUCAAAUGUUUAUUGUUGUUGUGUGGAUGAUUCAAGUUUAUUAUCAAUUCGCUUUAUGUAUCGUUUUGUUGUCCAUCAUUUCUAUCACGGCAACGGUAUGGGAAACAAGAAAGCAAAGUAGAGCUCUGAAGGAAGCUGUUCGAACUGAUGCUAUUGUGACACUUUUACGUGAUGGGAAAGAAGUUCAAAAAUCCUCAGAUGAGUUGGUACCGGGAGAUGUUAUAGUACUUCCAGAGACGCAAUUCAUUAUGGUGUGUGAUGCAGUGCUUCUCUCUGGAAAUUGUGUCGUUAAUGAAAGCAUGCUAACAGGAGAGAGCACGCCCAUCACUAAAGUGCCCAUAGCAAACGACAUCAGUUCUCACUACGACACGGCCAAUAACAAGAGAAACACUUUAUUUUGUGGGACUGAGGUUUUGCAUAGCAGAAAUGUGGAUGGCUCUGGUAUAAAAGCUAUUGUGUACCGUACUGGUUUUUCUACUGCAAAAGGGGAGCUUGUUCGAGCUAUUCUCUUUCCUAAGCCUGUUAACUUUAAACUUUAUACUGAAUUAUUCAAAUGCAUGAUCAUUUUCUUCGUUCUUGGUAUUCCACCAAUCAUUUACACUUCCAUUAUAUGGGUUCAUCUCGGAGCUUAUACUAGAGACACUAUCAUCAUUGUUGUGGAUGUACUUACAUUCCUUGUACCACCUGUUUUGCCAGCUGUACUUACAAGUAUCAAUGCACAUGCUCAAAGAAGAUUAAGAAAACACGGCAUCUAUUGUCUGAACUCUCGCUACAUCAAUUUCUGUGGGGGCUUGGACGUCGUAUGCUUUGAUAAGACUGGAACUCUCACAGAAGAUAGUUUAGAUAUUUCUGGAGUUGUACCAAUUGAUGAUGGCAGGUUUGAAAGAGCGGUCAAGCAUUUAAAUCAUUUGCCCAACAGUCCGUUGAUGAAGGCAAUGGCCACUUGUCAUUCUCUUUCGAAGGUUAAUGGAAAACUUCUUGGCCAUACAGUGGAUGUUAAAAUAUUUGAAGCAAUAGGGUGGGAUUUGGAAGAACCUGAUUUUGGUGAUCAAGUACCGUUUGAAAGAGUGCCACCUCGAAUAGUUUAUCCUCAACCUACCGAAACUUCACCAUAUCAGCCAGCUUCUGCAAUUGCCGUCGUGAGACAGUUUCCCUUUGAAUCUCUACUUCGCAGAAUGUCCGUGGUAGCCAAAUCUCAAGGUAGUAGGCACUUUGAAGUGUACUUGAAGGGAGCUCCAGAAUUGGUCAGCUCUUUGAGCAAACCUGAAACAGUUCCGGAUAACUUUAAAGAAGUUUUGGAGUUCUACACAAGACAAGGAUUCAGAGUGCUGGGCAUAGGAAACAAAGUAUUGCCGGAUGACUUCGUGUGGGAUGACGUAUUGAGGUUACCAAGAGAAGAGUUAGAAUGUGACAUGCAGUUUCAAGGUCUAAUUGUCUUACAAAACAGAUUGAAACCUGAAACCGUUCCAACUUUGAAUGUAUUAAAAGCUGCUGACAUAAGAACUAUCAUGGUGACAGGAGAUAAUCUUUUGACGGCUAUCACUGUUGCUAGAGAUUGUGGAAUGAUUGAAGAAUAUGAUUCCGUCAUAUCCGUUCAAGCAAGUAUCGUUGGAACAGAAUCUUCAAAAAUGGAUGACAAACCACGCCUUCAGAUCCACUAUAACUAUGCUAAACUUCCAGGAUUCAGUGAAAAGCUCAACAUGGUUCAAAAUGGUAUGAUUGAUGAUAUUUGCGCUCCUACAAUCGAGAAUUCAAAUUACCACUUAGCGAUGGAAGGGACAACAUUUAAUUUGAUAAGGCUUCACAACACCCAGUUACUUGAUAAAAUGGUCUUAAAAGGAACAAUAUUUGCCCGAAUGUUACCAGAACAUAAACUUUACCUCAUAGAGACUCUUCAGAAUUUGGGGCACCAAGUAGGAAUGUGUGGAGAUGGAGCUAAUGACUGUGGAGCUUUAAAAACAGCACAUGCUGGAGUGUCAUUGUCAGUGGCUGAGGCUUCAGUUGCUUCUCCAUUCACAUCAACACAACAAAAUAUUCAGUGCAUCCCAAUGGUUAUCAGGGAAGGUAGAGCUACUCUUUCUGCCACAUUUGGAGCUUUCCGUUACAUGACGUGUUACUGUUUUGUAUUACUUGCUGCAGUUCUGAUAAUGUUUUGGGAUGGUCAAAAACCCUCUGAUGGAGGUUAUGUGGUUAUAGAUAUAGUUCUCAACCUAUUACCACCCAUUCUUUUCGGAAGUACGGAAGCUUUCCCCGGACUGGUUAAAAGAGCACCAACUCGAAGCAUAAUUAGUUUCUUACCUCAGUUUUCAAUGUUUUCAUUCAUGAUCAUUCAGAUUGGAGUGUAUGUUUUGGCCUAUGAAUACUGCUUAAUGCAACCAUGGUAUGAACCAUUUGUGUACAACAAAACGAUGACCCACACUCCUGCAGCUUCCCAUUCUGGUACGGCUAUCCUUUCGGUCAAUAUGAUGUCAUAUGUCAUUGCUGCAGUUAUUUUUGCACCAGGACCACCAUACAGGAAGAAUUUCACCUCAAACAAAACGUAUCUCGUAGUUGUGUUUGCAGAGUUUUUAUUAGUUACAUACUUCACUAUUUAUCCAGCCGAUUCUGUUGCAAGGUUUAUAAAUCUUAAACAUGCACCAUUUAUUGAAUUUCAUUUAUUGCUGUAUGUGUUGUCUCUGGCAAACUUUAUUAUUUCAUAUAUUUGGGAGAUAUUCUUCAUUCAAGGAUUCCUAUUUGAUUAUGUGGUUCCAGCCAUUCGACGCUUCAGAGGACCUAUUCAUAAAUUCGAAAAGUUACAACUUCAAAUGGCUUCGAAUAAAAAAUGGCCACCAGUUAGUCAUUAUGAAACAACUUUUCUCAGAGAUGAAUUUGGCGAUGACGAAAUAGAUGCUUGCGUCACUAGAAGUUCAAUCAAGCGUUUGCAGUUACGUAGACAAAGCAGUGAUAUACGGAAUUCCGUGAGAGUGGGUCUGAAAUUAUCAAAGUCGGAAUCUAUUGAUGAACGAGCCGAAGAAACAGUUGCUUUUGUUACUUUCAAAGAAGGAAGGUCCAACACAUUUCAAACUGGAACUUCAAUCAGCAAUGAGCAGAAUUUUGUAUGAAAACAUACGCAAAAAAGAAGCCAAUAGGUGCGUUUCGAAAAAAAAAUCUGUUGGAGGUCCUCCAAGCACUCCAACUUAUGAGUUUAUAUACUGUACAUUAUAUGAACUCACGAGUUUGAAUGGUUGGAGGUGAUCUCUAACAGAUCUAUUUUACCACAGCACUGAAUGGGUUUCAAGGUUGGUUUUUUAAGUGUUCCUUCCAAAGAUGGAGAGAGACUGUUGAAUUCUCAAACUUUCAUUUUGUUAUGUAAAUUAUUUUACGUUGCAUUUAUAAAGUACAUAUGUUGUUUACGAAUUAUUUUAUAAGAAAAAUAUUCAUUUAGAUACCAUCAUUAAUGUUCAAUGAUUUCAUUGGUAUUGAUAGUAAAAAAUAUUAUUUUUUAUUCACUAUUCAUUUCUUAGAGUAAUAAUUCUCAAAUCCUCGCAUUUUAAAAUAAUACCGUCAUACUUUAAUUUGUUAAGAAAAAUGGUGAUCAUUGUAAUGUUCACAGCAGAAAACACGGAUCACCCUUAAUAAAUUUUUAUAUGACAAUCGAAUUUUAACGUACUAGCUUGCAAAUUAAAUUGUUCAAUAGGUAGCUCUUAAAUGUGCUAAUUAAUUUGUAUAAAUGAUGUUUUAAGUCAGGAAAUCAACGACAGAUACCAUCUACCUUUUUUGACCUGUGUGGAUGUCUAACCUUCAAAAUUUGGGGGAUUGCGCAAGCCGGAAAAUAUGAUCCUCAAUAGUUUGCAAAGUAAAACAAAUUUUAUACGUACUUUUUUUAAAAAUUUGAAUACUC